AUGUGUAUCAGUGGUAACUGUGUUCCUGUACUGGAAGGUAGAACCUGUGGCUCUCCUCCUGUUGUCCCAAAUACUGAACAAACCUCACCAUCAGGUCCAUUUUCUGUGGGUUACACAUACAAUUACUCGUCAUGUUUAGAGGGAUACGAACCAUCUGGAGAACUCUACACUACUUGUCAGGACAACGGAAAAUGGACGCCAGCUUUGUUUAGAUGCAUAGCUGACCAAGACUGUGCUGCAAUUUUAAAAAAGAACUCCAGCAAAAGGGGAGUGGACGGUGUAUACACUAUAUACCCAGAUGGUUACGGGAUUCCUGCUUUCUGCGAUAUGACAACAGAACAUGGAGGAUGGACAGUCAUACAACAACGACAAGAUAACUCAACCGAUUUCUACAGGACAUGGAACGAGUACAAACAGGGAUUUGGUACUCCUGGUAAAAAUCAUUGGAUAGGAAAUGACGUAAUAUAUCACUUAUCCAAAGGAAAGAACCAGAAACUGCGGGUUAAUCUUCAGAGUUUCAGUGGCGACACAGCGUAUACCGAGUAUGCCACAUUUGAUGUCGGGGAUGAGGCGAGUAAUUAUAUACUCGCUUUGUCUGGAAAUUCUGGAACAGCUGGUAACGGUAUGAUUCUAAACGAUGGUAAGAAAUUCACCACCAAAGACCGAGAUAACGAUAUCUACGAGGCCAAAAACUGUGCCGAGAAGCACCACGGGGCCUGGUGGUACCACAUGUGUGGCUACUCAAACCUCAAUGGACAAUACGGCAACCCUAAUGUGACUGGCAUGGACUACAUGAUCUGGUAUUUUUGGAAGUAUGAUGAACCAUUACAAAAGAGUUGGAUGAUGAUAAAAACAAAAACAUAAAUCUUCA